CGAUAUAAAAACGAACUGACUUUUUCUUGAUUCUCUCAGUGAUUAAUUGAUUUAGUUACUAAUUUCCAUUUUCUAUUUUGUUACUAUCAACUUGUUGAAGGAUUGGAAAUCAAAUUGUGAUAAUUAAAUAAUCAAAAGAGUUUGUUAUUCAUGUUGAGAGAUUUUAUUUUCUAAUCCUAUCAAGUUAACUCUCUGUUGUUUUGAUAUUUUUAGUUGGUACUUUUUUCAUCCUUUACAUCAUCAUUUUCAUCAUUUUCUCCUCAUCAUCAUCUUCGUCAUCAUCCUCGUCAUCAUCCAGUCUCUGUUCAAGGUUAUUUGCUUGAAAAAUUCGUAUAAUUAACCUUGAUAAUUAACUCAUAGAGUUAAAAACACGUUUCAGUUUGGUUUUCUCGCUUCUCUUUUUCCCUUCUCUUAUUAACUCUUUUGAUUUUUCAACAAUCAAUUCUAAUUGUUUCAAUAUGGUUAAUCAAUAUGGCCGAUGUAUUAACUUCUCCGCUGGACCUUCAAGAUUACCUGAAGAGAUUUUGGUAAAAGCUGCAAGUGAAUUACUUAAUUAUGAAGGAUCAGGAUGUAGUGUUAUGGAGCUUAGCCAUAGAUCGGCUCAAUUUAGUAAGAUAAUCACUGAGGCGGAAAAUGAUUUAAGGGAAUUAUUGUCAGUGCCAGACACUCAUGCGAUUCUCUUCUUUCAAGGAGGUGGAACUGGUCAAUUCUCAGCAAUCGCCAUGAAUUUAUUAUCUAAUCCCAAUGAAUCUGCCGAUUAUCUUGUCACUGGUUCCUGGUCAAAAAAGGCGUUUGAAGAAGCUGCAAAAUAUGGUAAAGUGAAACAAGCCAAUCAACCAACCAAAGUUUUCACCUCAAUUCCAGAUUCAUCUACCUGGAAUAUAUCACCGGAUGCCAAGUACGUUUACUAUUGUGCCAAUGAAACCAUUCAUGGAAUUGAAUGGCACGAAUUACCUAAAAGUGUGCCAGAAAACAUUCCUCUUGUCGCCGAUAUGUCAUCUAAUUUCAUGACUCGAGCUGUUGAUGUCUCGAAAUACGGUUUAAUCUUUGCUGCAGCUCAGAAAAACAUUGGAAUCGGUGGAUUAACGGUUGUCAUAGUUCGUAAAGAUUUAAUUGGUAAAUCACAACCAAUUACUCCAGUUACCUAUGAUUACAAACCGAUGUUCGAUAACAAUUCACUUUACAACACUCCACCUUGUUUCGCUAUCUACAUGACAAACCUUUACUUGAAAUGGAUCAAAAAAGAGGGUGGACUUGCUGCUAUGGAGGAAAAUAGUAAAGUUAAAUCGAAAAUGAUUUACGAUACAAUCGAAAAUUCUAAUGGUUAUUAUCAUUCACCAAUCGAUGUUAACUGUCGAAGUCGAGUUACCAUCCCUUUUAGAGUUGGUGGACCAACAGGUAAUUCCGACCUGGAAGCCAAAUUUCUCAAAGAAGCGAUAUCGGCCGGAAUGAUCCAACUUAAAGGCCAUCGAUCGGUUGGUGGGAUACGAGCUUCGAUUUUCAAUGCCAUCUCCAUUGAAGAUACCAAAACAUUGGUACAAUUUAUGGAGCAAUUUAUGAAAGCUAAUCCAUUAUAAAAAAAGAUUGUUUCAUUGAAACCACUAACAAUUAACGAGACAAUUGAGAGAAUCUAUUAAUUAAUUCUAACACUAAUCCUGCCAACUUUAUAAUGAGUUAGCCAACAAACAAAACACAAAAAUCAAGUUAACACAAUAACAAUUAAAUGAUUUAUUACAAUGA